AUGGCUGCUGGCACGCGUGGGCCAUCGGUGGGGCAUGCGCUCAGGGUUCGCCGCACCGAUUCGCGCAUCCUCACAUGCUCACACAGCACGACGUGUGCGACUCAUGCGGGCAGUACUCGUGCAGCAGCAUCGACGUUCUUCUCCUUUUUGGAUGGAGAUGAGCGGCGCACAUCACGGGGUCACAAGUCGCUGUCCUCUCCCGGGCCCUCGUCAUGGCCACAACAGCCUCGCGUGACGCGGCGACUCGCUGCUGCGUGGCAGCGCGCGUGUGCUGAAUCGUACCGGCAAGUUUAUGUGGGGCGUCCCAUGAGCACGGCUCAUCGAAGCUGGAGGUGGACGCGGACCUUCGCAGCGGAAGAAGAGCUGCGAGCUCACUUUCAGCGAGCCCUGCGCUGGCGAUCGGAUACCGCAGCGCAGGCCGCGGGGGGCGAAGAGCUGGUGGCGGAGGCGCAGCUGCGGUCGAUGGCGGCGUUCGUUGUGGAGACGUACGUCUCUCUGCGCAAGAAGCUGGAAAGCUGUUGUCGCCCAGGUGCAGCAGUCAUGCUAGCAGCACGUGAUUCAUGGAGCUCAUCGGAGCUGCAGUGGCAGCUGCUCGUGUUCCUUGUGCUCGCCGAUGAGGUCUGUGCUGCGCUCGGUGACAGUGCUGCCUGCUCUGGGCGCGCGUCGCAUUGGGUGAGUGGGGUUACCGAAUUCUCUGCGGUCUGCGAGUGCAUCGCCGUCGUGGCGGCCGCCCAGCUGUGCGUGCUGGGGCAUGCGCGUUGCCAGAGAAGUGUGGCUGGUGUUUGUGGCACCGACACAAGGCACGCCGAGACGGACGCGUGGGAGGCGACUGCGGUAGCACCACACAGUCUCCACGUCGUGCGCGCGACGCGUCGUGUGGUGGAGGGUGUGCUGGGCUUGUGCACGGGGCAGAAUGACGGGGCUGUCGUGCCGCCAAAGCGCACGGACGCCAGCGACGUGUGUUCGCUCGACAGCUGGCUUGGCCGGCAGCUCUGCUGCCUCGCAGAAACCUCGUGUUGCUCGUUGCACUCAGUACAAAGGCGCAGGGAUCAACGCGCAGUCUUGCCGGUGCCACCCCUGCUGCUUCUUCGCCUGCUCGUGCAGAGCGCUUCGUGGCAUGGUCACUGUGCAGCCGCUGACGUGAAUGGUGCACAGCACCUGCGUCACGUGUGUGCUGCCGUGCUGCUAAUCGAGCGUGUCUUGGAGUGCGCCUGUGUGGACACGCUGGCGCACUGCGUAGACGAACUGCGCGGCGCCCUGCGGCUGUCGCGGCGAUUUGCUUGCGAAGAUGAACGAGGGGGCGACAUGGUGCGGCAGCGCGCGUGGCGCCACUCUCGCUCCUCUUACAAAGGCGCUCGCCUAGACGGGGGCGCCGCAGCACUGGCGGCCCCCACCGGCCGAUUCGUGUGCCAGGUGCUUGACGGCUGCCCGCCGUCGAUUUCACGCCUGCUGCUGCUGCCACCAGAGAAUGCAGCCCAACUCCUCCGCUCAACGACGGGCGGCCCCGAGUCGCCGCUAGAUCGGGAGGUGCUUGCCGAGGAGGUGGUGCUGCUCGCCCCAGGGAUGGCCCUCAGCGCCGCGUGGCGGCUGCAUCAUACUUGCGUUGUGGGGCCCAUGCUCUGCACGUCACCCACGGCGAGCGCGCCGGCACUCGAGCACGCCGAUGCUACAGACGCCGCCGGUGCCCGUGACGGCGCUGCCUCAGAGCCUUCGGGGGUAGGUGACCCGGAUUCCCGGGAGCACGGCCUACUCCUGCGACGACUCAGUACCCUGGAGCAGGUGUGGAGCCGACUGUGCCCCUCUUCCACCUGCACAGCCACCGCCUCGCUGCCCGCGUGGUGGCAAGCGUUGCCAACUCGCUUCUUCUCCUCCAUCCUUUCCCAGCUGGAUCCGCCAGCGAUCGCGAGAAUGGCAGAGGCGGUGCUGGAGACGCUGAGGCGACUACCGCCGUUGUUGUCGGCAGCUCAUCACGAGGAGCGCGUGAGAGCGCGCCGAAGUGCGGGUGCAGCACGUCUCGAGGCAGAGGCCGACGUCUGUGGAGGAGCCGGAGAGGGCACUGAGGUCGCGCAGUCUCGAUCAGGUGUGCUGGCUCUCCCGUGCAUUCUCGCCUCGGCUCCAACAGGCGCUGCCCGUGCAGAGGUGUCGCAGGCGCUACUCUCGCGCUUCUGCACGGCACUGACGACCAGCGCACGAUCGGGGGAAGGAGACAACGCCGACCUUACAAUGGAGAGGGUGCAUGGCGCUGGUGUGUGUCUUGCCGUCUUGCUGGCAUGCGCCUCGACCUCGCUUCGUGACCAGACCGCGGCCACAGAUGAUUUCCUGGCAGCGGUCACGUCCCUGGUCGACGGCCGAGAACAUCCGCGACACGGUAGGCGGGAAAACAACUACGUAUAUGCAGCGCUGCGUAGCUGGUGGCCGGGGGCGAUGAGCAACAUCAUGCUUGCACGGCACGCGCAGCUUGUUCGGGGGGCAUCUCGGUUCACAGUGUCCGCGUCGACAGGACACGGUAGCGGUGAGGAGCCGCGGCGCAACCCGCUUGUAUCCCUGUCACCAGCGGCUCAACUCGCGCUGUGGUGGGAGGAGCAGUCCAGCCUGCAGGCCGCCUCCGCGGAUCCGCUGCCACGCCUUCGCGAUUCCUGCUACUGGACAGGGAUGCGAAUCAUGCGGCUAUGCAACACGACUGCCUACCUCGCCGCCACGUCGACGACGACCUCCAGCGCACUCUCUUCGCAGCCGCUGCCCUCUUUGCCGGCACCAUCCACGACGGAUGCAGAGGCGGCGAAGGUGGCAUGCACAUCAGCCUACGACAUGUUGAGUCUGGAGCAGGUGUGUCAUCUCGCGAUUGCUUCUGCCGCCCUCCCGGACCCCGGGGAGGCGCGUGAAACCUGGAAUGCGCCCGCGGGGCCCUCUGCCACCGCCGCGCCAUCAACUCACGCGGCACAUUCAUCGUGUGCUUGGACACUGGCAACUGCCGACGCGGGCGUCGCGCUCUUCAACGGUGACCUCAGCUCCGGCGAUAGGGUUACCAGCAUCUUCACGCACGCGAUGACUGUCGCGCGGGAGGCUGGGGACGGUGCGUUGAACGUCCUACAGCACCGCCAGGGGCGCCUCCUCAAUGACCAGCAACACGAGAGCCUUGUGGCGGCGCUGCGUGACUUCUCGAAGCGGCGCUUCGUAAAAGGGGCGGUCGCGUUGUUCUACGCGCACGAACGCCAGCACCGACGCCUGCGGCUGGCAGAGGUGGAGCUGUUUGCAGAGACAGCAAAGCGGGCACCGCUGCCAUUUCUCGUACGCUUGUUGCUCUACGUGCCGCCACCGUGCGAGAGUGCGGUGCUAGCCAGGGCCAUCAUCGCCGGCGCGUGGAAGGCAUACCAGCGUGCGCUGCACCAGCACAGCAGACGGGUGGCGGCAGCAGCAGCGGAGAGGCGGCGCGGCAGCCAGCGCGAAAAUGCGCCCCUUGCGUCAAGUAUUCGCCGCCAGUCGUGUCGAAGCGUCGAGCAGGCGUGGUACGAGAGCCUGGCGGUGGCACGCCGUGCGCUGGCGCUUUUCCCCAGCACCGGUGACGCGGAUGGGUGUGGCGAGGAGGAGCGACGCAAGACUGUCGGCAUUCUUCAUCGGCUUUUAUGCGCGCGCCCGCGCUCGAUGCAGACCCAUGCGUCGUCGGCUUCCACGGGUGCCACUGUGCUCGUUGACGAGUGGGACAGCGACGCAGUGCAGAACGCCCAGCUCCUGGCUGCGCUACUGCAGUCGUCGUCAAGGUCACGGCAGAGGCUUCACGUGCUGCAGAGUGCGUCGGCGCACCGAUCCGUUGGGGAGCUUUGCCAAGUAAUUCAGUUCUGCGACGCCAACAACGACUCGGCCACCGCCGUGCGGGCGUACCUGCGGUUUGCGAACGCCCACGCCACAUCCUCGCUACACUCGCGUCUGCCAUGUACGUCAGCUCAGGGUACGCUGAGGCGGAGUAGUUCGACGGUCGAUGCGAACGAUGGUCGGGUGGUGCCGCUGCUAUCACUGGACACGUGCGUCGCACUUCUGCGCUUGGCGAGCAUGCACGUGGUGGUCGCGUGCGAUGAGGACGCUGCCACCUACGGUGUUCCGGUGACGGCAUCGUCGUCGAAACGGGUGCCGCUAACCGCUCUUGUGGCAUACGUGGAGGUUCAUCAGGUGCCGUCGGAGUUAUCGCCACCUGAGGCGCCACGCAGCGGUGCCGUGCCGCUGCGGGAUUUGGGGGAAAGGAGGGCUGCUGCCGAGGAUGCGGAGAUGACGAUGCUCCUACACAUGCGCGCCGCCCUGGAGGAGAGUGCCGCUGCACCAUCCGACAUAGUCGCUGAAGCCGCUACCGCAGGCGCCGGCUUGACAAGCAAGCCGGUCGGCGAUGCGAUGCUGGGGGACAGCGGAUACCACACCCACGUGAAGGGCACGCCUGCUUCCGCUGUCACUGCAGCUGCGGCUGCCACAUCUCACGCGAUGACGUACGCCACGAACUGCAUAGCGGCGGUGCAGAGGCUCUCUCCGACGCUGCCGGCCUCACUGCGGUGUGUUGUCCACUCCGACAGCGCCGCCAUUCCCUUGACGGCAGUGUUGCAUGACGCGCUGCGGUGGUGCCGACUUCGACCGCGAUCGGUGCCUGCUCGCGAGGGCGCCGCCACAGCUGCGGACGGACUCGAUGCCUCGGCGCUACACUCGCAUGCCGACCGCGCAGACAGCGACGACCCCGCCACGGCCGACGUCGUAGCGCGGCUGCUUGCUGCGAUGUUUCAGUUGGACGGUGCAGAGAUGGCGGAGAUGGUCGAUGCUGCCCACCCUCGCCCCGUGCACGCUCUCGUCACGACUGCCGCAGCGGCUGUGACGGCGACCAACGUCGCGCCUGCCAUGGCGGAUGUGGCCGAGGGAGACGCAACUUCAUCGGUGGUGGUGACGCGUCAUACCUUCGCGUGCCGCGUCGCGCGUGCGAACCAAGACUUCUGGCGCCUCGUGCGGCACAGCAGCGCCUUGCUGAGCUACGUCUGGGAUUACUUGUGGGAACUGUACCGACUGGAGGCGACGGUGCUGUGGGUGUCGCCGGCGCAGCAGCAGCGCGCCUACCUGGCCAUCGCCGAGUGCGCGCAGGUAAUCUUGGCUGCCUUGCAGGCGCUAGAUGUGUGGGCGGUGGAGAUGCGCGCGCACGAGGUGCGCGAGCGAGGCAGCAGCAGCGACAGUGACGGCGACUACCAAGCCCAUGAGCAGGCCUCUCUCACAGGCAGCCGAAGUCGUGUGCCUAUGGCAGCCUCGAGCGACUGGAGACCGGGAAGCUCCGUGGACGAGUGGCGAGUCCAGCUGCGAAGUGAGAUACUUCAGCGGAUGCAUGCGCGCCUCUUCGAUGAAAGCGACCAGCCUGAUCUCACGACCACCCGUCGUGGCGAAACAGCACUGGCGACGCUCCCAUGUAGCCUCGCGUCUUCUGGGAUGGCGGACACCACCGCAGCGGCGAUCGCGUACACGACGACCGUGAUUCAGCACUGCAGCACAGCUUUGGAGAGUUGUGCCCCUACGAGCGCUCUGAUGCAACUGGCAGUCGACCCGAUUGCCGCUACAUCGCCAGCAGCGUCGGACGAAUCCCUCAGCGGGAGCGUGAUGAGGACAGAAGGCGCGACCUCCCCACGAGAGGUGCGUGAGUUGCUGUCGCAGACCACGCAGCAGUACUACCAAGCACUCAGCCAACUCACGAGCGCCUCGCCUCCAGUCACCAGUGGUGCAGGGCCUCUGGGGCCCGUGCACCUCAGCCGUCUUGCAACGGACAGUUUCUCCUACGUCCUCCGGUGUGUGACCGCCACUGCUGCAGCCGCACCACCACGUUGCCCACACACCAUCGGCACCGUUGCGGAGUCGGAAGCCGGUGGCACCACGGCCCUGCUCUCGCGGGUAGCGGCAGCUGACGGCAUGCUGCGGCACGUAGCAUCGCUUGUGCAGCACGCAUCGGUGCUCAUGGAGGCGACGGACACCGCACCACACACCGCCAAUGCCGGACUCCUGCGCAUUCUUUGGUGUCUGUCAGGUGCCCUUCAGUACGCCGCGGCACUGCUGGAUGAGUGUAUGGCUUGGUGGACGCUUCUUGACCUCGAGGCCGCCGCUGCACCGACGAGUGAGCGAUUAUGUUCCAGCGACACAUCUAGCUGCGACGUUGAACGUGUCUUCCGUUCUGUGAACGUGACGCUGGCGGCGAAUAGUACGCUGACGCACGUCCGUGCACAAGUGCAACAGCUCGUAGCGUCGUUUGCGGAUCUCUACGUCUCUGGUUGGUGCGGCAGCGUCCAUGCGCGUCUGCCAGAGGUCACCCGUGCGCGGCUGUGGAGUCGCGACGAGUCGCGUGCGCAACAUCUGCGCGUAUGCUUGGUUUUGCAGCACCUCGCCAACGUCUCUGAUGAUGCCGCGGUGCCCGCGCGGCUGGCGAGGGCGGCGGAAGCGCUGCAGCAGGCUCUCACCCGUUACCCGUCUUCCUUGGCUCCCUCCACGGAGACGAAAGCCGCGCGUGCACGGCAGCACUCCUGUUUGAUGGACUUGGACGAACUCGUCGAUGGCGAGGACCACGACGUCACGGUAUCGGUGGACUCCACGGCGGCGGCGACAGCGCAAACACUGGAGCGCACACUGCUCGCGUACGUCACUCGUGGCACAUGGCCCGCCGGUGUGUUGGUGGUCGCACCCGGCCACAUGACGGCGGUGCCGAUCACUGCCUUGGAGGCUUCCUUCCAGCGAGCCGUGAUGACAUGCCUUUCGCCAUCGCACGCGGCGCUGCUCUGGCGUUUGUUUGCAGCUCUCCUCGAUGAUGGCUGUCACCCCUCUGCCGCUGUCGAGGACACACCACCCGAGGGGAGCCAUGAUGUACCUCGGCCGAUGGGGGGCGAGCGUGACGUUGCCGCCGAGAGGUCGUUGGAUGUACUGUGUGCCGUGCCAACGUCACUUUGGCGGCAGCUGCGGCGUUUGAGCAAGGAAAGCGAAUCUGACGCGGCCAGUGACGUGCUUCGCUCGAGUAGUGCUCGUACGGAAGCACCUGCGGUGCACAGCGAACGCGUUGCCGUCUACGCGGCCCUCCUCUCCCGCCAUCCGCUGGUAAUCAUGGGUGUGGUAAGGCACCCUCUCCUGCGACACCAUCAGCUGGCAGAGGCGCACCGAGAGCAGUGGCAGCCGGUGCAGGUCGGCGCCGGCACCGAGGGUGCUGACGACGCUUCGCAGGCACCGUCGUGCGAGUGGCUCAAGAAGCUAAUACUAUACGGUGCAGAGGACGACGACUCGGUAGCGGAGGCGAGAGCGGCAGCAAGCAAUGACGCAGGGGAGUCUGCCUUGUCCAGCACAUGGACAGCACCAGGCAGCACAGUCUGUCGCGGUGCCGGUGGUGGGCUUCUGCGCACCUCCUCGGCAGGACCCCUGGCGUUGCUGUCUGCACAGCCACUGCGGGAGCGAUUUGUGUCGGCGCUCAUUCUUGCCGUGCUGCGUGAUGCAUCACUCAUGUGUGAAGGUCCGUCUUGCGUUCCCGUCGCCUCCGUUUCCCAGCCAGCAGACGAGGCAACCGCAGCCGCACUGCCGCCGUCGCCGUGCUUGUCCUUUGUGUCUUCGUCUGUCUCAGCCGCGGUGGCAGCUCAGAGGCGGGAGUGCAUGCUGCUGGAGCUGGUGCAGCAUCUCGGCUAUGUCGCCCCACAUGCGGUGCGCACAGCGUGUCGUUGGAUUACUUGCACACCGUACCCACCCGCAGCGUGCACGCAGGCGACCUCCUUUCCUGCAGACGAUGCGCCGCAGGCCCGGCUAAUGUGCAGCGCGCUGAGCUGCACGGAUGCCACGACGCUGCGCCGACUGCGGGUUGCACUGCUGUCGUGUGGCCCAUGGCCGACUAAUGUGGCUCGAGCGCUUCUCGAGUACGCGACGCGCGUGCAGCGCGCAGCCACACAGCAGACGGCGCCGCAGGCGCAAGCUGGCGACGGUCAGACAGCCACAAUGCCGUUCCCUGAGGCGCUCGAGCUCUAUCAGCAGCAGCAGCCAGAGAGCAAGCGACACGAUAUGGCUGAGGUGCCACGUGCGCCGAUAGUCACCGCGCAACACCACGUCGACGCUGUGCGAGGCGUGCGAAACCCACUCUUGCUGCGUGUUCUCCAGCACUAUGCCGACCAGGUAAAAGACAGUGCGCAACGCAAGCGACACCGUAACGGGAGUGGCUCCGCUGCCCCGUGGGGUCGAAGCGCCUUUUCUUCGCCACCUGUGGUGAAUUCAACCAGUGACCCGGUGCCAACGGUGCACACACGAGGAGGCUGCUUCGUUGUCAGGUCGUCACGACUGCUGCCUCCCGCCCCCGCGGCGCCGAGCUCUUCAGUCGGCAGCACCUGCUAUGGGCAUUACGCCGGUGCAGGGGCACCGUUGUCUGCGAUCCAGCUCGUCUGUGAAGAAGGUGCACGCCUGGUGAAGGCGCUCCGCACGUCUACUGCGCCAGCUGUGGGGGAUGCCGCUGCGCGCAUCGCGCUGCGCCUGCGCGACCUCGCCACGGCGCCAUCCCACCCCGCCUGCGUUGGCCUUCUCAGCGAUGCCGCCUUUGCGAAGGACGUGCUGGCGCUGCCCAUGAAGCGCGUGGCGGCUGCCGUGAUGCUCGCCUGGCGAACGCUUCUUGUACGAAGUGCAGAGCUGGACUGCCGGGAACGGAAUUGGGAUAGUGCUGUCGGUGACGACGGAGCCUUUGCCGCUGAGGUGCACAACCGGACACGAAACCUGUCGCUACGAGAAGCCGGCUCCAGAGACCGUCGCUGCAUGACGCUGCUGGACGUAUACGCGAUGUUCUUCCUCGUAGCUUCCCGCGUGCGUGAUCGUCUCACUGCUAUUACGCCACCGCCUCCACAGGCAAAGGAGCGACAGUGGCUAGUGAGUGUGCAGCGCGAGUUGGGCUAUUUGAAGCGGGAACUGACCGCGUACUGGGCCGCGGUGUUGGCAGACGAGGUGAUGGCGUCGGAGCCUGUCUUCCAGUGCGGCGCCACGGGCGAGGCAGAGGCGAUCUGCGCUCGCAUCGACGCGUACUGCCGCAGCGGCGCGGACGGAGGCGCCGUGCGCUCCCUCACGUUGGGCCUCGUGACCCUGGAGGAGCACCUGCAUCGCGCUCAGGCACGCUUGCAGGCGGUGUCGCAGGAACACUCGGCGUCCUCCUCGGCUCCACAGGCCGCGCAUUCUCCAGGAGCGGCAGAAGGCAAGGCUGCGGCGGAGCUCUCGCGUUUGCAGAGGGAGGCCGGUGCGCAGCUGCGUGAUGCAGGCGCACGGCUGACCUCGUUUCCUCGCUCCGUCACCGCAGAGGUAUCGCCGCGGCUGGAAAAGGAUGACGUGCGCGCAUCACCGGAGCAGGCGUGGUCGUUGUGGCCACCUGCCGCCUCGGAGACAUACCGACUACGGGCGUGCAUGCGCAUGAGCUCCGACGAGAAUGCCCUUGUCACCGUCACGAUCCGCAACCCAGUCUCGGUGGUCACGUACCUUUGUGCGUGGAGGCGAGAGCACGUGUCGGCGUCACAGACAAGGCGGCCAGACGCGCGCGCAGCACGUCGUCAGGAGAACGCCAGAUCAACCACUUUCAGGCGGUGCGGCGUGAACGGCGCGGCGUGCGUGCUGCGACCGGCAGUGUGUCUGCCGUCCUCUUCUGCGGCGCAAAGCAGCAGGCAACCUGUAAUCUCGAGGGGACGCGCGCGAUGGGUAUCGCAGAGCACUGCCGUAUCGCUGACGGACGUGUGGCGUGCCGUGGAUGCGUUUGUUCGACGUGGACACUUCGUCCUGGCGUGUAUGCCAGGGGGCGGCCACAGCGAGGCAUCCGGAUGCGGCCCAGCGCGCGGCAGUGGUGGUGGCGCCGUCGACACGGACUCUUUGCAGGAGGAAGUCGACAGCACAGCUGCCGGGACCAGCCCGGCUGGCGCAGGAGUGGUGAUGCAGGCGCUCUUGGACUUGGUGUCACUCGAGGACUCGCGCCUGCAAAAGGAGCAGCAGCAGUCGAGGCGGCAGCACGCAGGUCUCCCCUCUCAGGGCACCCUCAGCGGUGACACGCUUCACCUGCUUUCUGUGCUGCGUCAACUGCGUCAGCGCCUGCUUUCUCUUGCCCCUGCUGCCGAUGCCGCGGCAUCCGGAGCACAGGGCACGGAGGGGGCCGUGACAACCGUGACCGCGCAGACCAAGGGCGACCCGACACCCGCUGUGUCACCGUGGGCCGCCUUCGUGCCUCUUUCCUGCGUACAAGGUCCGAGCACGCUGCCCACUCGCCGUAGAAGCGAACUAGGCGUUGCUGGCACCGGCCCGCCGUCUCCCGUGCCCUCGCGUGGUGGCAUCGCCUGGCACUCGUAUCUCCACGUGCUUCACCUGUGCGGUGAUGGUCUGCUGUGCCGGUUCGCACAGCGGCGCGGGCGUCGUGCCUCGUCGUCGGCCGCUGCGCUGACGCGCAUCACUCAUCAGCUGCAGCGGGUGGCAUCCCUGUCUGCCUUUGAGGAACAGCUUACUCACUCGUCGGUGCCGUCUGCGCUGCGGUCCCGCCUCCUGAAUGGCCAGGAUGCACAGCGCAUCAUCUGCUUCCAGUUGCGCGGCCUGCAGCGCAUUCGUGAUCACGUAAGCAUGCUAGGAUGGACCGUGGACCAGGAUAGGGAGCUGCAGCUAGCGCAGCAGACCAUUGUGGCAACGGUGGCGGCGAUCUGUGCGCUGCGACGCCGCUCGCAUCACGGACAGGAUAGUCUUCACGGAGAGGGCGCGUGGGAUGCAGCUGCCACGGCACGCAUGAGGCUCUCGACACAGGUGCGAAAGCAAGUGGCAGCAGUAGGGGAUGAGGAGCAUGUCCAUCAAGUUGAGCAGGCAACCGCGGCAUGUUUCUACCCUGCUCUAGCACACCUGUUGCGGCAGCUCCCGGUGACAUAUCCGUCUCGCACUGCUGCUGCCGCAUCUGCGCAAGAGCCGUCCUCAUCGCGACAGCGUUCUCCUGUUGAGGAUCGCGUACCACGCGCUAACGAUGCCGCGACGGAGGUGGUGACGGAGUUUGCGGGUGUCGCUGGUUCGGCGCGUCGCCGGCACCGCCCCAACUAUGCCCUGGCACCGCAGACGACAGCAGCAACAGCGACGGCGGAGAGCGACAACGCGGCUGCGGCUCUGCUGACCACUGUAUAUGGAGUCCUCUGUGGGGCACACGAGCAGCAGCGGUGUGGAUCCAUCCAUCGCUGCCAAAGCACCGAGGGUGCUCACACCUCCACUACACCGGCACUGGCACCAGUGGACUCUUGUAGCGAGCUGCAUGCGCUUCUCUCAGCUGUCGUCGCCGCCGUUCAACGUCGCUCGCGCGACGCAGACCCGUGGCUACUACUUGAGUUUCUCAGCGGCAACGAACGCGAAGCACUACUCCCGCUCGCCGCGGCUGCCGAGGCCUCCUACGUGGAGACGCUUAUGAAGGCCGUGGCGCUCGGCGCAUCUGCGCCCUCGCCCAACCAGGAUUCGCGCCGCGUAGUGGAGGCGGGGCUGACCCUGUACGCUCUCCUGCACCCAUGGUUGCCACUCUCGGCCUCGGCGCGGGAGACGUGUGCAAUGGAGGCCGCCCUGAGCCUCGUCACACUCGCCCUACCACAGCUCUGGGUGCGCCUCAACGGCAAGAGAGGCGUCGAAACGUCCAUGAAGUCGUCCGCGACGUCCCUCUGGUAUCUCGUCCAGGCUGUACUCGUCAGUAUUCUGCAUCAUCAGCAGUCGGCGCGGCUGUCGGUGCGCAGCAUCGUGCUCCUCGGCGUCAUCUAUAGCCAGCUGCGGGACUUGGAAGGAGAGACGGGUGGGGAGCUCGACCCAGUGCGCAGCCGGCGCAGCUCUCGCACGGCGCCGCAGGCGGAUCCAAACCUGCUGCUGUGGCGAAUACUCAGCGCUCUGAGCGUUUUGUCUGAGAAGGGCGCGGCAGAGGUGCGUGACGCGUGGAUAUCAGUGCGUGAGGUCGAUGCUGUUGCUCGAGGGCCGAGCAUUGGCGAGUACGUACCCGCACGAGCAACUGACGACGCUGUGCUUACAUCUGUGGCGGAGGACAUACGGCUGCACACAGAAACGGGUGGGCCUAAGCCGGAGGUGUGCAGCGGUGCUCACGUUAUAGAGGCACUCUACCACGCGUCGCUGCAGGCUCUUUGGGAAGACGGCAGCGGCAAUGGGGCCACUGAGCAGGUAAGCGGGCGCUGGAAGUCGCCUCAGCUGCUUGCGGCGACGCGGUUGAGGACGUGGUUGGCCUGCGAAGAUGUCGCCGGUGCAUCUCCCAUUCGAACAACUGCGAACAGCCGCGGCUCAGCAGCAGGGGCAACGCUGCACGCAUCUACAGCUGUCAGGCUGCCCGUACCGCAGCUGUGCGUCUUGGAGGAAGCCCUGUGUGGCAUGCUGAAGGGUGUGGACGGAGAAGCCGGCGGCGCAGGAGGCCAUAGCAGGACAGUCCGCGGAGCGACUAGCAGAGGGGUGCCAGGUCCGCUGGCAGUACGCCGCGACUGGCUUGCGUGUCUUCGAACUUAUACCCUCUACGCAGAGCUGAAGCGCACGUGCUCACCGCCGCUGUGGAGACGGCAGCAGAACUGCCUGCGGAACCACGCGCAAAACGGGGAUUGCGACAGCUCCCGGCACGACGAUGAUCAAAGUGGCUGCGACUGCGUCGGCGAUGUCGCCUCACUUGUGUUGGAACUCACGGUGGUGGCGGCGCUCUCGGCAGCAGAUGCAGCGCCGCACUCGCGGCACUCAAGUGCCGUCUCAGACGAGCAUCAACUCGCCCUUCUUUCGACGUUUGUGCGCUGCUGCGACGCUCUGGGUACGCCGCUGCCCAACCUUCCAUGUUCACACCGGCUGGGGCGGGAACGUUCAUGGGCAACACCAGCGAUGGCACGAGUUGCCCCGCCUCGCGCAAGGGUUCUUGGACGUGCCAGUGUUGAUGCGCACGCCGCGGUGCGCCAUCUCGCAACGACACUUCUGUUUCGCCUUGCAGAGGAUGUGUCGCUCUCAGCACCGUCUGCCCGAACGAUCCUUCACGACUGGCGUGCCGUGCUGACGCCGCUGCAGGCGCUGCGGCGCGUGACUUCGGCCUUUCCGGCUCCCGGCGCACGCUUGCCAGAGGCGCAUGCGGGUACCCAUCUUGGGCCUGCACAGGGAAGCGUGUGGCUACUCAGCACCUCCUCUGCAGGACUGCGGUGGGGGCCCGUGCGCCAAGCCGGUCCUUCAUCCGCCAAGCUGGCAGGAUGCCUCGAAGUGGCAAGCAGCGAUGUUGACAGUGGUGGCUGCGAUGCUGUUCAACCCACCGGCCAGCAGCCGCAGCCGGAGAGCCAAGAGGGUCGCUGUCACUACAACUACUCUCUCCAGUGUGUCUACUACACUACACUGCGUCUCCUGCUGCGCACAGGGCACCUCUCCAAGCUCCCGCUGCCGGUUCUGCUGAAGGAGCUGCUGCACCCCUUAGCGGAGUUGGAGCGCGCCGCAGCGGAGGCGUUGACACUCUCCCCCACCGCCACCGAGGUGGCACAGGGCGCCGCGCAGCCAACUGCACGGGGCCGCGACGACGGUGCCGCGGGAGUGAACCGGAAGACAGAGAAUCGGCUCGCAGUACUCGUCGAUGUGGCCCAGCAACUUUCGAUGAACCUGCUGCUACGAGCGUCAGCCGCAGCAGCCGCUGCGCGUGGCGGAGACGGUAGCUCGGGGUCCGGCUGGGCCAUGGCGUAUCUCGUCUUCAAACUGCUCAUGCAGAUAGAGAAUGCUCUCUGCACGCAAUGCGGGACGCCUCGAAGUGCCAGCGAUCGCGAUGAGCGUGCGGCGUGUGCAAGAGUACCUUGUGUAUCACCUUCUCGUGUCUUUGCAGCCCGGUACGCCGACCUGCUUGCCCAGCGUGGCACGUGCGCUCCCGACUAUCUUGCGUUUAUGCUUGUCGUGUCGCGCCACUGUCAAGAGCUGCUCCCAACGCACGGGGGCGGUGUCCCGGACGAGUCAGAGGCUCACGAGGAACGUCGGCGGCUACUGCAGCACGCUCAGCUGCGUCAUGCCGUUGCGCUGGCAGCUCCGCCGCCCGCUGUUGGGGCGGUCAUGGAGCUAUUCCAGUUCAAGCACACAGCGCACUGCUGUCGUACCAUGACUGCUGAGCAGCACUUGGGCGCACCCCUCCGUACAGGAUCGGCUGUUGCAUUCGAAAGGAGCACAGCGAAGCAACGGCAGCGUGUAUACAGUGCGGAGGGCGUCGACGGGGAGCCGGACAUCCUUCUAGGUGCGCUAACACCUGACGAGCAGGCGCUCGUGCAGCGCCUGCAUCACCUCCUGCAGACGUCGCGUGGCAUGCCUGCACCGCCGCUGAGGAGUCGCGGUACGAAGUGA